CUGCACGAACACCCAAGGGUACGCACCCAGAACAUAAGAGAGGCAAGGUGCCCGGCUACUAAUUCCCACCUCAUUAUGCUGCUCCGGUAUAAAACGCACGGGGACAGCCGGCUACGUCACGCGCCCCCGGAGCGCGAGGAGCUCGGAGUCACCUCACUGCGGCACGAGAAAUGGAUUUCGUCCUGCCAACCACUCUUCCAGCCGGAGGUAUCCCGUGGCAGAAGGUUUUACCGCCUCUUAUUCCUCGGCUCAACGGGACUUACGGGCAGUAUAAUUGGUCUCCGAGCUUACUGAUACCAGAGACUGAUCAUACGAGCUCCGCAGAGGUGAACUGUGAUGACAGCGGUUUUACAGUUCAAGUCGAUGUAAAGCACUUCAAGCCAGAAGACCUGAUGGUCAAAGUGAUUGGAGACUUUGUGGAAGUACAAGGAAAGCAUGAAGAAAAAAAGAAGGAUGGUCCAGGGGUUACAACACGGCAGUUUAACCGCCGCUACCGUAUCCCAAAGGGAGUGGACACCAUGGCUUUGGAAUCUGCGGUCUCUCCUGAUGGAAUCCUUUUCAUAUCUGCACCAAUGCUGAAGACAGAGCACUGCAGAAUCCUGACCUAAUCCCAUUCAAACGAACCACUUCAAUCUCUGCCAUCCUCUCUAUACAUUAAAGCAAUUCGGAUUCUUUUACGAACACACAGGCACACACAGAAAUAACUUCAUGCCCCUUCAGUCACAGCAAUGUGCCAAAACACACAUUUGUUCUGUUCCAGGCACUGAUUAAAUAUUCCCUGCUCUCGGAGGUUUGUAUAUACUGCUCUUCUGUUACUCAUCAAUGAUGUUUCAAGGAACCAGUCUUUGUAAAUAUUCUGCGUUCAAAUUGCUAUUUUUGUGUGCAACCUUUGUAAAAUGCACUGUGUUGUGAUUGAUGAUACACGCAAACAUAUCACCAAACUCUAAUGUGGAAAUGAAAAAAUAAACUUUAUUUCUUUAAAAAGUGCA